AUGGCGAUGGGCGGGGCGAAGCCUUAUCUGAGUCUGAUCUUUGGAUUCAGAAACCAGCAUGCGCGCACUGUAAAACCCAUCGGAAAACACAGUAAACCAAGCGACUACCAAACACCAAAACCAUCGACUGCUUCGCUUAUACAUGGGCAUCCCCAUCCCCAGCUUGAUUCAGUCUUCUGCCAACCUUCUUUCCGCUCUUCCAAGUUAGCUAAGGAGAAGAAAAGAGACAUGACCACGGUCACUCGUGCAGCUCUGGAUCAGAAGCUGGCCAUGGCCAAGCGCUGUUCCCACGAGGGAGUGGUUGCCGGAGCGAAGGCCGCCGUCGUCGCAACUGUGGCAGCUCUAGCUAGCUUUAAGAUUCUCCCAUGGGCGAGAUCCAACCUUAAUCCCACUGCCCAAGCCCUCAUCACCUCCACAGUCGCAGGAGCUGCCUACUUCAUAGUUGCGGUCAAGACGGUGUUGGCAUCAGCCGGGAAGAACUCCUUCGAGGGAGCCAACAUUAACGUGCCCAAGAACCCAUAAUUUGGGAGUGUCACCACAUGUUAUUGGUAAACA